AUGGAAGGUAAAACAAUUUUAGUAACUGGCGCAUCUCGUGGUAUUGGUAGAGAAAUCUGUUUACAAUUAGCAUCCUUAAAAAAUGUUAAUGUUGCUUUAGCAGAUGUUAAUGUUUGUGAAGAAACCAUUAACUUGAUGAAAGAGAUCAACCCAUCAGUCGAAACCUUAUCAAUCGUUUGUGAUAUCUCAAAGAGUGAUCAAGUUGAAGAUAUGGUAAACAGAGUUGUUGUAAAAUUUGGCCGUUUAGAUGGUGCUGUUAACAAUGCUGGUAUCUUGGGUCAAAUGGCUAGAAUUGGAGAAUAUGACGAGUCAAUGUUCUCUAAAAUGAUGGAUAUCAAUAUCAAAGGUACCUGGUUAUGCAUUAAAUAUCAAGUCAAACAAAUGGAAAAACAAGGUAAAGGUGACUACUCCAUCGUUAACAUUUCCUCAAUCGCUGGUGUAUUAUCAUUCCCAUACAACAGUGGUUACUCUGCCGUUAAACACGCUAUUCUUGGUAUCACUAAAUCUGCUGCUGCCGAAUAUGGUGCCCUCAACAUUAGAUGUAAUGCCGUAUUACCAGGUGCCUCUGAAACUGCUAUGCUUAGAGAAUAUUUACCACCAGGUGAAGCAACUGCUCAAUUAGAAGGUCACGUCCCACUCAAGAGAGUAUCACACCCAAGUGAAAUUGCCAAACCAGUCUUAUUCUUAUUAAGCCCAGAAUCAUCCUACAUUACUGGUCAAUCCUUAAUUGCUGAUGGUGGUCUUACUAUUGUUUAA